AUGCAUCAGGAACCGAAGGUGCCCCUGCUCUCGCUGAACCACGUGUCGUUCGUGUGCAAGUCGGUGGCCGAGUCCGUGAGGUUCUACGAGCGUGUCCUGGGCUUCUUCCUCAUCAGGCGCCCUUCCUCCUUCAACUUCGAAGGCGCCUGGCUGUUCAACUAUGGAACUGGCAUCCAUUUGCUUGAAGUGGAGGAUGUUCCUGCAAAGAAAGGGGCGAUAAAUCCCAAGGACAACCACAUCUCCCUCCAGUGCUCCGACAUGAAGCUCGUGAUGAAGAAGCUGGAAGAGAUGAACAUUGAGUACGUGACCACAGUCGUCGAAGAAGGCGGCAUCAAGGUCGAUCAGCUGUUCUUCCACGACCUGGACGGUCGCAUGAUCGAGAUCUGCAACUGUAACAACUUGCCGGUUCUUCCCCUGUCCUCUUGCCCACUCAAACUCCCCAAAACUAACAAGGACCCGUCCCCGUCCACAUUGUAUGAUAAGUUCCAGAAUUGGUGUUUGGACAUACAAUGCGCCAUGGAAGUUGCGAAUCAGAUGAUGGACACCUUGGUGAAGAACAUGUUCGACAUCUCGAUAUGAGCUGAAUCUAGGAUUUGACAUCGAAGCAAAUUUUGCCGAGCAAUUCAAAGGACCCCUUUCAUGUAUAGAAUUUGCCAAGUCUCUCUCUGUGCAGGUUGCAAAAUGAGUGUAAAGAUUUGAACAAUAAGGAGAUGUUUCACCGUCUGGAAAAAGUACAAGCAAAUUCAAUCUUUGUUUCAAUUAAGUAGCGUCUGUCUUAUAUCCCCUUCUUGGCUUAGCUGUAAAGGCUUUUG